GUGAACAAAGGUCAUGCCUUGGGUUUUGCCAAGAGAGUGCCCUGUCCACUGUGAAAUAUCCACCUUAUUCAAGACUCAGGUCAGUUUAAAACAAAAAUUAUGCUUUGCUGAAUGAACAAUGGUGCUAGGAGUCAAAACUGCUAUUAUAUGCACGUUUAUAUAAUAAUUAUUCAAUACUGUCCCCGUAGUAUAGUACUGCAUAACAGACAGAAGGCCACAAUGCCUAAUUAAACCCAGUUAGGCUGUUUGAAUUGUGCAGAUUUUCAGCAGAUUUUAAAUUUAAUGACCAAAACUCAAGAAGCAAAGAAAAUCAGUUUUACAGCUUGGGCUUCAGGCAUGACUUUGUUUGCUUGCUGAAUACUAGUAAGUCACUUUAAAAUGAACAUGCCUUUGGCUGUGUUUGGGGCAGCAUGGCUAAGCCAGGGCUCGAAAUUAACGCUUGUAAACUCGCAAAAUGCGAGUGAUUUUGAUAAUCUGCGAGUAAGAAAAAUAUCCACUAGCAAACGAUUGCGAGUUAGAAUUAUCCAUGUCUCCCAAACAAAGGGAAAUAAAUUGCUUGUGGUGUCACCAGUUUGCUAGUCGAAAAAUAUCUUACUAGCAAAAUUUUGCAGGUGCACUAAAAAGAUAACUUCGAGCCCUGUAAGCAGUGACCUGCUCUGACUGCUAGUUGAAUAAAUUUAUUGGUCUCUCAGUAUAUUGGAGUUCAAAUCCUCAGCCAGUUGGAAUGUUUAUCCCCUGUACAGUCAAGUCUCGCCUUGUGGACACCUCACUAUAGUAGACACCCUGAUAAUACCAACCUGAGCAGCUAAUUCCGAAGGCCAAAAAAAUAAAAUACAGAAGUUUGACUGAAAUAAACUCCCCCCAACACAGACUCUUCCUAAUGAGUAUGCUAGGUUGAGGUCCCUACAGUGUCUGCUAUAGGGAGUUGACUGUAAUAUGUUAAAGUUAAGUUACAUGCUUCAGUUACUUGCCCAGUCCUUUUAUCCUUCAUGUUAUAAAUACUGCCAAAGGUGGAUAAAAGACAUUAUUAUUAUCCGCUAUUUACACCAUAUGCUUGUUUAUGGGUUUAUUCAAGCACUCAAAAGAGUAUUUUGCCAGUUUUCUUCCAACAUUAAGACAAAAUGGUUUAAAACAACUGUAACAGAACCUUGUUUUGUAACCCACUACUCGAUAUCUUGAAAUUAAAUAAAAUGCUCUUUCUUGAUUUUGGUAUAUUACUUCAAGGGCAUCAUUAUAUUAGCGUUAAUUUAAGUCAGCAGGCUAAGGGCACGAUUUUUUGGCUGUUUUCAUGUUCUCUUCAACUCUCUUUCCAAAAACAAAUAUUUGACCGCCUAUCUUUAGCUGCCCAAGUUGUUCUGCCCUUCUACUUGAAAGGUUAAUGAGAUCCACUAAUUCCCUUGAAUAUGAAACACAUGCAGUAAAAUUCUUCCUCAUGCUUGCAUGUCAUUAUGCACUUAAUCACACAGGUAUAGUCACGUUUGAUUGUAUAAAAACAAAACAAACAGGAUUUUUGUUGAAAUGAUCAAUUACACAGGGUACACACUGAAACAGAGCAAUGUCUUACAGUUGACCACACAUGAGUGAACACUAUCUAAUAUCAUGAGAACUGCAGCAUUGUCACAUUCCCAAAAAAAAAUAUUGAAGGUUCUUUACAAUGUUGCUGACUUGCAUGUCAAAUACAUCCAGUCUUAGGCUUUGAUUUUUCUCUCAUUUACUACGGUGUCAUACCAUUUUGUUCUGCAAGGGCAUAUGUGAGUGUUAAUUGGAUCUAUUUGGCUUCCUUUCAACAUAAAAAAGACAUAAAUAUGAUGACCCAAGUAGCUGUCACAUCACACUGUUUUUACAGGCUUGAAAAAUUCCAGCAGCACAGCAUAAGCAAUGAAUUCUGUAUUUAUGUGAAUUCAUUUUUAAAAUAGUAAUAAUAGUAAUAAUAAUAAUAUUAAUAAUAAUAAUAAUAAUACUGGUAAUUAUGAUAGUUCUCCUUUUGUUUAGGCCUACCGAAAAGUUGCAAACAACUGCAGUGAGAUUAAUAUUUCAAAAUAGUUGAUAAACAGUUUACACGUAAAUCGUUAAUAAAAGUUGACUUUUUUAUUACUUGCUUGUUAUGGUAUGUUCCUUUGUGUCCACUUCAAAACAGUGUUACACAUGCUGCUAUGACAACACAGACUCUUCAACUGACCUGGGUUUACUGUGAUUACCAAAACAAAUUUGCUGCAAUAGAGCAGCCUUGAAUUCUUUACAUAGAAAUUCCAUAUCAAUCGUUGACCUUGGUAUUGUUUUCAGAAAUCACACAAGUGAUCAUGGAAAUAUUCAAAAUUGGUUUUUAGUGUACUGUUAAUCUCAUCUAGCUUAGACAGGUCUUUUAUAUUCAGGCAUUGUAACAAUGGAAGUCAAAAGAUAAUCACUGGGACAUAAUUGAUUAAAAACAUCAUCCAGACAAUAACACUGUAAAAUUAAUACUUUGUACAAAUUUGAGGCUAUUUUUAACAUGCUAUUGAAGUUCUUAGCAUUCUUAACUUGAUAUUGCAUUACAACUAAACAAUCCCAUAAAAUAACUUUCAUUUUUAGUUGCUGACUAGUCCAGUUUUACUCUUGUUCUGACCCAAAUUAAAUGGUACUUUAUCGUAAAUACUUGCCAGUAUUAUAAACGCCUUGAGGGAUUACUGCAUAGCUCACACUUAAAACAAUUUAUUACUUAAAUGUGAUGCUGUCGCAGUUAAUCUAUACUGGAAUUCAGUAUUUUAAGGGAUAAAAAAUUGGUUCAAUGCACUUAAGUGCUACCUUAGUUAUUUCUGGCAGCCACAGCACAAAAACAAUACAGUUUUCUGAUUUUGUGGACAUUUAAACACAAUAUUCUUAAUUUACUACUUCAGCCAGUGAUAUAGAUCUUAUUGUGUUUCCCAAGCUAUGUUCAUACACUGUAGUGGCGAAUAUUAUCCUUCAACAGGAAUGGCCAAUUUAAUAAUCAUUACACUAAAAAGCCAUAUAAUUUCUAGUAACUGCUGAUAUUCUUUUUUUACACCCAAUUUGAUUAUAAACCCAGGCCAAAGCGAACAUAACUGUUAGUGGAAGGCAAGUUUUUAAUUGUUAAAAAACAGGUUUCUCUGUGUAUUGCACUCAUUUCAUGCUUGAUAAAUUAAUGAGACACUGGAAUAAGAUGUAAGCCAAACAAAAUAUCAAAUGACACAAAGACUGUAUUAAAAACUUGGUAAAAAAAUAAUACAACCUGAACCACUGAACAAGGACUUGAGUCGGUCAAGAGACCAACAAGUCAAGCAACUUACUUUGAAAUUUUCUUACAACUUUAACGUUUAUGUGAGAAAUGUGCACAUGACAGUGAACAUUACAAAAUUAAUACAGUGAACCUGUUACAAACGUCUAAGAAGAUUAAAGCUUAUUAAGCCAGGUCAAUGAUUAUGUAGAAAUGAAAAUAAUGCAGGAAUAUAGCAGUAGCUCAAGUAUCACGGGAUACUAAAUUCUUGCAACGAAUAAACAGCAAGAAUAAUAACUUCAUUAAAUCUUUCUUUGUUGUCUAUGAAACUUCAAAGUUUUAAUUACAAAAAAAGAAUGUUGAGGCGUAUUGAGGUAUAAUGUAUUAGUCUUUGACAAAAAACGGAAAAGGAAAUGCAAGGCCAGAUAAAUUAGUAUUGAUUCAAGUGGUGGAAAAUUAUUCUCUGCUAUUGAGCAGUUUUAAGUUGGAUGGAUGAUCAUACAAACCAAGCCACAACAGUACAUUGACUUCUCUCCUUUUUCUAACUUUGAUAAUCAAAGGAGAGAAUUUGUAGUUGAUUUCAAAACUAGUAGAUAUCUAUCCAGUGAUGAAGCAGCCAAUAAGAACGUAUAAAAAUCCAUUAAGGCAUAAAAUGACAGGCUGCAUGAAUGACAGGUGGUAGUAUAUCAACCUGCCACCCAAAAAGAGCUGUAAUCUAUGUUCCCAAUUGCCAAGGGCCUAUAUUAACUCUAGUCUAUUAUUAAAUAUUAAUUGAAGGCAGUAUUGUUUUGUAGCUCAAAUGUAUCUUUGUAGGCUAUAGAUAAUAGCAAGUUGUUGCUUAACCUAUAGCCACAAGCCAUGAAAAUAGAAAUGUCAUCGACUGUUAGUCCGGUAAAAAAAAACUUGCGGUUUAAUUAUCAAGUUUUCCUGUUUGCAGUGAAUAUCCCCAUCGUUUCAAUUUCUCAGGACAAAUACAAUAUUUCAUUUCACCCAGGUGAUAAGCCUGGUAUGCAAAUUUGUAUCAUAGGUUAAUUAAAACUACACAUUCUAUGACCCACUAAUUCAAUAAACCCGAUAUUCGCGCGUCAAACUCCCAAAUCACCGUUUUAUCGUGGCCAGUAUCAUAACUUCUACACACCCGUGUAAUCCUGCAGUCUUCACUACAAUUUAUUUUGAGCUCUGAAUUUAUUUUGGUCGCCUGGAGCAGGAAAGAUCGCCCUCGGGAGCGGCCUUGUAAACACAGAAAAUUGAAACGAUCGAUGUCAAAAUGUGACAAUGAAAUAAAAUCGCCGUGUCAAAUUCGCCGGCAAAAUAUGCACCGCUACUCAUAACUCGUUUAAAUUAAAGAGCGAUUUGAAAUUGAGAGAUUAAAGUCGAGCAACAAAGAACUGGAAAGAUGCUUUAUUCGAAAGUCAUGCGAUACUAGAAAAACGAAUUCAGUUCAAUAGAAUGCGAAAAUGAAUAAAUCGAUUAAACCAUGAAAGCUGAAUUUGUUUGGAACAAUAAUUAUUAAUAUUCGCUCGAGCCGCGUCACUUUGUAUGUGCGAAGCAAGUUGAUUAAUGACGGUCCUCAAGACGGUACCCAAACCCGAAACCGAUUGCUUUUCUUUCUUGAUCUGAUUUAGAAAAUCAUAUAAUUUAAGAUUUGGUACGACAUCUGGACUUACCUGCUUGAAUUGUUCUUCAAAAGUCCAUUCGUGAGCAGGAAUUCUGUUGUCUAUCCCGCUGACAUUGUUGUUGAUGUAAGCCUGUUCCACUGGUGAAGGGGGUUGUUGGCUCUGCACGCGAGCCGAGUGUUGCGUAUACGAAGCUCCCUCGCGCCCACUGGAAACACUGUCCGAAUCAGUGUCGUAGUGCUCUCUCUUGAAUCUGUCCUCCUCAAAACCUUCUUCCUCCGUUUCCUCCACUUCCAUCGACCGUUGAAUAUCAUCAAGCUCCGCCAUCCGGCUUUCCACGGAUCCGCUUGACAAGGAUGAACGGUGCUGCUUGAAAGUGUGCGGAGAUGAAGAUUCCCGCCUGAUCUCCCGGUCUGCUGUACUCCGCAGCCCAUCUCGAUCGGCGGACUGCAAGAGCAUUUUACAACGUUACAAACACAGGAAGAGCUGAAUGAAAGAAACGCGACCUCGGGCUACGAGAUCAUAAAUACGUUCCAUUUUAAUUAAUCAAUAGAUUAGCUAUCAAAUGAAAAUGCAAAUCAGUGGACGACAAAACACGGACUUACAACGCUCCGCUGUUGUUGCAGUGAUGACCCCUUUUCCAUCGAUGCACCGCUCCGCUUAACAGAAAUUUAAUUUAAAUAAUCGCGGGGGUUUCAUAAAAAGCCUAUUUCCUGGAAGUGAUAUGCAUUGGCCGCCAAAAUUUCCGAAGACAUAACUCGACCAGUUGGAGUUCAAACAUCGACUGACACAUCUUUGAUGGGGCAUUCCAUUGAAAUCGACAAUUACGACAUGCGCACUAGUCAGCACGGCGAUUUCAUUUCUUAUUGUAAUUAAUUAUCGCCAAUUAACUGCUACCACGUGACGCCAAACUCGGCGCGUCAGUAAAAUUAAUCAUCACAUUUAUUAAUGUUUUUCUGGAGAUUACAAUUAAUUCUUUUCCGAACUAAUAAAGAAAUGUCUUCCAAUCAACCUUCCCGUAGGAUCUUUAUUUGUUAUGCAUUCAAAGCUUGUAAACAAAAAAAAAUUGAAAGGAAUUGUCUUGCCUAGAUCUCGAUUAUUUCCUUCAAAAAUGAGAUCGCUGUUGUUCCUUCGAUAUUAUUAAUCUUCAACUUCUUAGCUUUUAUAAAAGAAACACAAAAUCGAGUCGCCUCUUCUUUUAUUUUUUUCUUAGAAUAAGUUACCACAAAAACUCGCGAUUGUCUGUACUUGAUACCUGUUCGGACAUAAAGUACGAUUAAUUCGGCCUUUUACUGCGCCUAAGGUUCGAUUAAUUCAAAAAGCGUAACUGUAUUAUACGUUCUAUCGUCAAACAAGAAGAGAAUCAACGAUCGAACGCAGCUGUGAAUAACAAAUGCAAGAGCUUGGCGAUAAUUAAUCUAGUAAUAUCUCUCUUUCCUUAUCUACGACUGUUUUCACGCGCUAAUAAUAAUGAAAGCUGCCACCCAUGCGAUAAGAAAACUUCUUUCCUAUUAAAACUUGUGGCCUCAGAACGCUCCAAUUAGAAUGAAAAGUUAAGCUGUGUAUCUAUUUUGAUGAGACGAUCUUUUAUUUGUCUUGUUUUUUCCUGUCAGAUAAUCAGCGACAAAAAAUGUUAAUCUCUUAGCUAUGAAGAUUAGUCAAGGUCCUUUCAGUAUGCUUUUGACAAACUAUAUAGCUGUUGUUUGUCAAUACACCAACAAAAGAUUCGUAUUCUAAAAGGAUUUAACAAUUCUGGCGUUACAUUACUUACGACGAAUUUAUUGUUACCUGAGAAAUGUACGUAUUAAAUGCAACAAUUUUGAAAAAAAGUAUAAUUUUCGUUUGUAAACAUCGGAAGCACUUAUGUUUGUCAGGCAGAAACUGAUAUUAAAAAAGCCACAGGGAAAGGAAAUACCAAAUAUUAAGGUGUAUUUUACCUCAAGUCGUGUCCAAUCAAAUUAAUAACUUUCUAUGGGAUCCUUCGCGGCGUAAAAUCCAUAUAAGAUACAUUUCAAUUUAGGUCGUCAAAACAAUUUAGUUUGAUGAGCGCCUCACUGACGUGGCUUAGAAGUUAACUUAAUAGCUGGUGUUGGCCAACAUUUUCCUAAUCAUCAGCUUUUAAUUAAUCACUGGUAGUUUGGCUUAAUUUUUCGCGAUUCUGAAAAUGUCGGUCGGAUUUAAGAAAAUCGGUUUGCGAGUGGUCAGUGCCACGUCUUCGAAUAAGCUUUACGCUUAGGUGCUGUAACCAUUCUUCACCGAGCUCAGCGGAGGCCAUUUAAUGAGUAACUGUUUGACCUCAGUUUCCUAAGUACUUCCAGUUAAAACUAGAAAUAAAAUUGAGCACCUACUUUCACGAGCAGAUCAAAGACCCCUCUUGGAAACGUUUCGUUUUGCAGUUUCAAAGAGCGAUAAGGAUAUAAAAUGGCACAAUUUGACAUCUCUAAUCGUCGCACAAUGCCAUCCCCGUGUAUAAAUUCAAUAGUGUUUACAUUAGAGCGCUGAAUGAACAAAAUGAAAAAAAUUGCGGCUCGGUAUCGGGUUUAUUAAACUCACCAAUGAAUCGUUGUUGCGGGAAAGCUUCGAAUGCUGAAUUUCUCCGUUGAAGGCAGACAAAAUUCCUAUGUAACUGUCUGCCGAUGAAUAUUUCGGGCAACCGAAAUCCUCCUUGGACCCAAACAUCUCUGUCAUAAUUUGAUGACUAAGAAGAAGAAGAAGAAGAGGAGGAGAUCAAAAUUAAUUUGCUGAGUGGCACGUACGUAAGCGUGGCUAAGUCUUUUUUGCGUGUAUAAUAUUUUUUUCAUAUAAAUUCUCACCACAAAUUAAAAAAGCAGUCCAGGUGUGAGAUUAUUUACAAAAGGACUAAGAAGUAUUAUUUAAAUCAAAUCGGUUCAGUACCUGUUACACUUUCUUGCCUCGAAAAAGGGCCGCCAGGACCUGGGAAGUUGUUGCAUUAUUGUUCUUACUGGUAUGGUGGCCAGUGCUCUUUGUCCAUGUGCAUAAAGUAUGGUCUUUAAAAGGUGUUAGAUGAGUUGAUUGUAGCCUAUUGCUUAGUAGGAAUAAUAUUCUGUAUCUAUUUAGCAUUGUCAUUUAUAAAAUAUUGAAUUUAUUUUGUUCGUGUAGAAGGUUUUUCCACUCGUAUACUGGAGUAGACCAAAAGGCAAAGUAUAUGUGGGAGCCUUAACGAUUUUAUCGGAAAAUAACCGAAAAUUGUUAAAAAACAAAACAAAAAACAUCGGUAAUAAUAUAACGAUAACGGGGAGAAUUAAAAAAAAACUCAGUGACGUCACACAAGGGCUGAAAAUUAAUAUAGUUUAUAAACUCCUUUUUGAUUCUCGCAAUUUUGUAAUGAAUUCAUAAUAAGUCAACCUGCGAAUAACAAAUGAUAAUCUCCGCGGAAAAACGGACAUAUAGGUGACAAGCUUAAACUAAGGGUUAAAAUUAAGGAUUUUUCCUUGGGCCGCUAUUAUGAAAUUCAUUGAGACGACGCGCUUGAGAAAAAAAUGAGCGACUCAAUCCGUAUUCUCUUCAGUUUACACAAGUUACAGUGUAAGUGAAAGUUUUAUAAUCGAUGCCGAUGAGCAGGGUCAUUGCUGAGAGAGAAAAUUUAGAGACAAAUAUUUACAUAUAUAAUGUAGUUUAGACUAUGGUUAAAAAUAUCUGGUGGUUCCUAAAAUCCCGCGCAAGGUGUAACAAACUGUGCUGUUUUAUAGGCGGGAUCAUUGUUAUGACCUAUUUCACUUGACUAAGGCGUGUUUAUCGAUCAAUAAAAGCAAGGUCAGUUGCCAUUAGAACCGGGUCAAGUUAUUAAAAAAACAUCUCGUUUAAAUUAGCUUACCGUUCAAAGCCACAAAGUGAAAGAACUGUUGUCCCUACUUAUAACGACUAGCUCUUUCGAUCAAAUUGCUUUCGUUUCAGUUAUCUGUGAAUAAAGCAAUUAAUUAAUGUUUCACUGUUGGGCUGCUAAGAAUGACCCAUUCAAUUAAACCCUAUCGACAGCGACUGUUGCUAACGUCCCUCAAGAACGCGCUAUAUAAAUUACUGGAAAAUUAAUACCCUAAAAAAAGGUUUUAUAACAUGAUUUACCUUAAACUUGUGCCGGGUUUAACUUUUGUAUAUUUCCAGUUGCACACUCAGUCUUGCUUAGACGGGACUGACUGAAAAAAUGUAGUGUUCGGCCCGAGUCCGGAGCGCGCAGGGAGCGAGCAGAAAAAGUCGCCGUGUUUGUAAUGCAUGUGCAGUGAUAGCAGAAGCGACGAGUGGUCGUUUUGUGGCACGUGGGAGAGAUGGGACAAGAUAAUCGGUUACGACAGGUCACUAUGGAUAUCCCGUAUGAAAUUGCGUUUUUUUCAAAAAGGCACCAGUAAUAAUGGACGAUUAUAAGGAUCUCGACCUGCUAUUUCCAUUAGAUAACUUACAUUAUUAAUCGACGACGGAAGACAAAAUGACAGAAAAACACCUUUUAAAUUUCAAACAUGCCAGAAGAACUUCUUAAAGCUUAAAGCUCUUCUCUUAAAGCACUUUACCUGCAGAAAAAUUAACUUCUGUCAAAACUAAUAUUCUUCAGUUCGAGAUUUGUACAAGAAAAUGAAACAGGAAAAUCUUCGCACUUGCAUGCACCAUGAAUAAAAGCCCAAUAAACUUGAUUUUAAUAUGAAAACUACACUUUUUGUUUGUUUUGCGACAGCAGGUCGUUUAAGAUAAAAGAGAAAAGAAAGGUUUGAAUACUGCUUGCAUGAAGUUGAUGUACUUUAAAAAAUUCUGAAAAUUCGCACAUUAAAACUUUUCCGAUUGAAAAGAAUUGACGAAUUCGAUUUUGACAACUUGAAAUUAAUAUGAAUACCGGGGGAUUAAUACUGUGCGACCCGACCAUUGACCGACGUACACCUGUGGAUUUUAAUAGUAACUCACCCGGUUUUGUUGCCCAAUAACUUAAUAUAGACAAAAUAAACGACAGUUUCAUUGCCGUAAGCGAGGAAAUGACCCGUAGGACCGAAUACAAUAGUGAAAUAAAUUUUACGUAAACAAAUAAACGUCUCCACGUGCUGCCAAAAUUUGGCAGCACGGGGUUCCAUUCAGUGCAAGUACUAUACGAAUUUUGACUUGCUCACCCCACUAAAAUAGUUCUUAUGCAAGGAAAAUUAUUCUAAAAAUUUUCAUCAUACAGUCAUUUAUCAAAGCCAUCUCUCAUUCUGGCCUUCUUCAAGGAUCGCGUAACUCUGUGGGAGGCAAGUUGUUCGAUUUACGUUCUAAAAUAGCCUUUCUUGUGCAUCGCAAUCCGCGCAAAGUCGGAAGCCCAUAGAAGUACACAAAAGAACACAACCUAUCCUCAUCCGUAGAUCACGAAUGCAAGAGAAUGUCAGAGGCAAAAACGCACAAGCUUGCUAAUUAACUCAGUGGUCCAUGCUGGUCCUCUAUUAUCCGCUAAGACCCGGCGGUCACAACAACCCAACAAAGGAUACACAAACAGGGAAAUGAUAACGAUCAUGGAGGCAACUGAAGUCUAUUUUUAUUUUAUUUUUUAUGACCCAGUGCAAAAACGUUAAGGCUAGGAACGCCGGUUUUUGCCAGGGAAAUAGGGUCGUAAUUGCUACUGGUUGUUCGCGAGAACAUAACAAUUGGUAAAGUGCGCCAGCAUGUCUAUGUGCGUGCCUUCAGAAUGUAAUCAUCACCCUUACAAGGUAUCAAGAUAAAAUUUUAGCAAGCACCUUAAGGGCCUGCCAUUUGUUUUUUCGAGGUGGGGGAGGGUAGUUGGGGGAUUUCAGAAAAAAAAGAAAGAUAUCCUGCUAACAGAUUUGGAACGAGAAGGAUUUGCAUGGAGAUAACAGUCGUACAUUUACAGAAAACGAGAAGUCCAGACUACUGCAAAACUGAUAACAACCUGUAUUGAUUUUUUCGAACAAUAUUUCGGCGGUUUCUUCGACCAGAUCUACCGGAUGUUAGUAAAUUUUUGAUAGGCUCUGCUGCACCCAAAUUCCCUUUCCCCUCCCUUUUUGAACGCCUGUAACGCAGGCUAAGACUAGCACUAAACACAAAAAGUAAAGUAACUGCCGCCUGCGUUGCAGUCGUCCCACGCAUCGUGUAGAAAAAACAAGAGGUUUAAAGUGUCUGCGACGCAGGCUAGUGAUCGUAACCUCCUCCAAACGUCAUUUGCUCGUGACGGGGUUCAAAGCUGCACUGGACACCACCUAUAGGCCAGGGGCCAAUUUCUCGAAAGGCCUGGAAACUUUUCGGGCCCGAAGACAAAUUUUAAAACCCGAACCUGUUGAAUAGGUAUACCUGUGACCCAUAUAAAUAUAGUUAUUUGCAGACACUGACCGGUUACUGAAUCGCAAGAGGUUUGAGGGAGUUUGAGACUCCAAAAAUGUUCGAUUUGUUUGUCUUGGAUUCUGCAUUACCGGAUUCUAGUCUUUGUAAGUGGAACUUGGAUCAUGAAUAUAGUGGGAUUCCGGAUUGCACAAGCAAAAUUUUUCUGGAGUCCUGAUUUUACAAGCAAAAAUUUCAAGGAUUCUGAAUAAUAAAUGAUAAUAAUAAAUGAAGUAAAUUAACAUAACAUUGAAAAUGGCUUAAAAUACAUUACUUCAUAUGUAGGCAAAAAACUGCGAUAAUUUUGUAUUGUUAAGAAGAAAGAAAAAGCAAACUGCGGUGAUAAACAUGAUAAAUGCAUGAUAACUGCAUUUCUGGAAAGAAAAAUGACUUUAACUGGACGUUUCGUAUGUUCCAACAUACAUCUUCAGACUGUAAUAAACCGUUAAAUAACAACAGAAAUUUAUAUGUAGAAUAAGUAACUAAUUAAUGAAACAAAAGAUGAGAUAUGGUAGGAAAAUUUGUAUAUAAAACAAAAAGCAUGAAAACUGUAAAAGGUAAAGUUUUUCACUUCUGACAUUUUCAUUUUAGGGAAGGUUCUAAAUCCGUAAUCAACAGAGUCUCCUUUGUUUUGCAGUGGGUGGUUUGUAUUGUUGAUUUGCCACCAGGUAACAAGGCGGCCAUGUCAGGUUGGCAAAACAAAAGAAAAUUUUUCCGCAGAAUUUGCAUGAAAAAAGGAACGCUUUUGUUCCUGUCAAUCAACAUGGUCGCCGUGACGUCAGCUGCAGUAGUAGGGAGUUUAAGCAGCAACAAGCGUCAAGCAGAAGUGAGUCCUUUUCCUUUUCAUUAUGCCUUGACGCCAACAAAUUUGUAUUGCUAAGUGUCUUUACAAUGGUAGAGACGAUCUGCUAAAAAAUUUGUUCAAAACGACGGCCCAAGAUUGCAAAAAGUGCACUGCAGGUUGCUGUGCGUCGCUCAAAAACGUCGUUGUUUUGCCGUAAAAUUCCGAAAAUAAGCCCCUCCAACUAUAGGCCCCCCAAACCGGUAACGCAAAAAACCCUCCGUUAAAUCGCUCCUCCAAAUAUAAGCCCCCGGGAGGCUUGUACUUAGAAAAUUGCCCUCAACUACAAAGUAAAACAAAGCAAAAACAGUAAAUUUACUUCCAACUAUAAGGCUAGCCCAAUCGAUUUUGAAACGCAAAUUUCCCUCCGUAGAUAAGCCCCUCCGAAUAUAAUCCCCUCCAAAACUAAGCCUCUCAAAAAGGGCCUUUGAAAAUAUAAGCCUCGGGGCUUAUUUUCGGAAUUUUACGGUAACUCCCUAGUGCAGUAGCUAGCUGUACAGUAGGUGGUUCAGUAGUAAAUAUCACGAAUUUUAGGAGCUGUUUUAUCAUAAGAACACCUGUGGGCUCAAACACCCAAUACGGAACGUCAGCUAUAAUUCUCGCAGCUGAAAUCCUAUUUUAUCAAUGCAGUGGAAGCUCUCCCAACGGACAGUCUCUCGUAAGCGAAUUAGGGCAGCUCUACUUACUGCCACUUUCACAAAACCCCGUUUUUCUCAACUACCAUAAAAACUCUGCAUAUUUACAUUCCCAUAAGCGGCCAGCUCCUGUUACGGACUCUUUUUUCGACUGCCGGGAGGGUGGUGUCCGCUUACGAGAGUGUCCUCUGUACUAGUCGUGGUACCCGGUGGGGGGUACUCCCCUACCAGCAUAAGCCAAAAAGGCACGUUCCCACAACCCCCCAAAGGGUAUGGUUUAUGUGCCGUUUCGGUCUGAAAACGGGGGUAGACUUUGCAUAUUUUGGUCUGGAAUCGGGUAUGGUUUUCGAGGGAACUAUGGGAACGUGUGAACGUUUCAGUUGUUUCAAUUCCAAAUGAUUAAGAAAGAAAGAUAAUAUGCGAAUUCGAAAUGGAUUUUAAGACAUCUUUUUGUUGGUGCUCCAAUCUAAGUAAUUUCAGGUCUGAAUGCGAGCCUAUAAUGUUUGAGGCGAGGUCUGAAAACGAGUGUGGAAAAUGACAUUUUUGGGUCUGAAACAGGGUCUGGAUUUGGAGUACCGGGCAGCACACCCCCACCAAGAUUUCCCAGAAGCACCCCCGGGCGUGGUGUGGUACACAAGAUCUACGAAAAGGCGCCAGAUAUGUCUAUCGCAUAAACAGUUGUCAACAAAGUAUAUUGCACCUGCCCUAUUUUAAAUUUGUAAAUUCGCCUGCAUUAGCAUUUUAAAAGUGUUUAUCAGUAAUCAUUUUUCAAUCUUUUGAAGAAACUUUAAUCUAUUCUCUUGUAAUAUCAUUUGUCAAAUAUUAUAAGUUGUCAUUCCUGCGUUGUAGAUGAAAGGGAUAUAGCAGCACGAAUGAACAUUAAAAAACGAGAUGAUAAAACCUUGACGCUUAUUCAGAGCAUUUUUUGUCUUCUAUAUUCAGCAUAAGUUGUAACAUAAUUCAUCAUGAGUUGUAACUUGUGUUCGCUAAUAAUAUCACAGAUAUAAUAAUAUCACCAAUUUUAAUUCCCUUUGAAACUAUGUGCAAACUAUGUGCUUGAAUUGACUGGCAGACGGGGGAAGGAGAGUAACUGUUAUUGUUAACUCGGACACUAAAUUAUGAAGCUACACUUGCGGAAACCGGCUGUUUGUUGCUUUUCGUAAAAGUUUCAUUUAAUUUUAAUUUUAUACAAAAACAGAAUCUGCCAAAGGCACUUGCCAGAGCAUUUUCUGUUAUUGUACGACUCGAGCGACAUAUUGUAGGAUAGCUUUUCUCAAAUGUGACUGUUUAGCUUAUCUCCAUGCAGGUUUAUCGUUCAGGGAUAUAUAUCUUUCCCCCCAAAAAAUAUUGCCGCAUUUUAAUGAUUAUUUUGAUCAAUUAACAGCUUUGGGUUACAAGGAAAAGACGAUAACAGACUCGUAAGUUAUAAUUCAAGGCCAAAAAAAAAUUCUCCACUGUGGUACUAUAUUUUAUUUUUCAACACAGGUCGGCAGGUUAUCGAUUAAUAAUUCAUUUUUAAUCAUUCUUUAUUCCCUUUAGUACGCCGCGUUAACCAAUUCCAACUAUGUCCGAUCCAUUGCAAAAUUACAUACUGUAGCCUAGUAUUUUUCCUCUUUAUUAUUAUUUUUAAUGCCGGGCCAGUCAUGCUUUCUUUGAAUUAAAUAGUUUUCUUUUUGUGAGACUGAACAGCAAAAUACAAAGAAUAAACCCAGUGAAUUAAACUGCAGUUGAACUUAAUCACCGUUUUCAACGGUAAGUGAAUCGUCCUGUACAAAUAUAAGGGAUGGAUAUCUUAAAUUCCACUUACUCGUGCACGCAAGAGAGCCCAGACAUAUAAACUCAACUUGGUUCGUUAUUAACUGAACCUUUAAAAAUGAAUAAUAUUAUCAAAUAAAUAUGUCUUACCUAGAUUUCACAGAAAGCCUUGGAGCUUGCGAUCAGGAAUAACUUCAAGCCCUUAUUAAGCCGUUAUAAAUUUAUUCACUUUCGGGUGGCUUAGUUAUUAAUAAUUAUGGCUUCAGCUGAGAAAUAUUAAUUAGCUCAUCCGAGAGGGAACACUACAGAAUAUUUCAUUUGGAAUUACCGCUCAAUUCUAACGCAUUUUAUAAUUAUUUUUGUUGCACUGUAGUGACUAUAGUUCGUUUGUCAAGCCUAGCUGGAGAUUGGGGAUAAUUGUUUGAAAAAAAAGGAUCCUUGUAACAUUUCGUGUAUCAUAGGAGACUAUAACAGGGGAAAUUCAUCUGUCUUUGUUUCAUGCCCUUGACGUACCUAGCCAAACAUUUGUAAGUCGACCGCAACUCCAGUAAUUCCCACCAAUUUUCUCCAGUAAAUAUGGCCUAGGUACGAAAACGUUGAACUGAAAUUAUCUCAUGACAAAUUCGAAACUCAAAGGAAAUGCGUGAACCUGCCGUACAAAAGCAACCUUUGAAUACGUUCAGAAUUCCAUUCUUUUUUCUCUCCUUCUAUUAAUGAUCACACGGUGAGAUAAUCAGUGAAAACUGUAGGAUAUCUCUUAUUUUGAAUCAAAAACGUGAAUCUUAGGUUAUUUAAUUUUGAGCGAGUGAAAAUAACUAAAUGUCCCCAAAAAAUAGAGUUCAAAUAGUUAAUAACAAGAUGCGACAUCUCUUAAAAUUAAUUUUUCACAUUCCAUGCAGAAAUGAAAGUUUCUGGUUCAUAGCCAAGUUCGGUCAGGUUCCCCUGGUUUCUUGACCGUCAUUAUCUUUGUACAUAAGGCGUGGAUGCGCAGCUACUAUGCUAGACGAAGAACGGGACCUUGCGAAUUGCGAUGAUUGAUUUUAGUGUCAUUUUAUUAGUCGCUCUUCUUGAAAAUAAUACAGUCACAAUGCAAAAUAUCAUCGGUUGUUUUGUCAGACUGAAAGCGACAACCGGCGUAUGAGGAAACGUCUCUCUUGAGUACUGCUUCAUGCCUGAUUUCAUCAUUUAAAACUGACAAAACAACCGACGAUUUGUUGCACUGUGACUGUAAUAUAGAAGCAAAGGGACUAUUAAAAUGACAUUAAAAUCCACCUUCGCAAUUCCCAAGGUCCCUUUCGUCGCCUAGCAUAGUUGCUGCGCAUUCAUGCAUGUAUCCACGCCUUCGCCGUACAAAGAUAACUAUGAACCAGAGACGAAGUCCUGGCUAAAAAAGUGGCAACUUUCAUUUCUGCAUGGAAUGUAAAAAAUUCAAUAAUUUUAAAGAGAUGCCGCAUCUUGUUAUUAACUAUUUGAACUCUAUUUUUGGGGGACAUUUAUUGAUUCUCACCCGUGCAAUCCAACAAUGUUGCGUCCGUUUGCGGGGGACUGUUUUUAUUGAACAUUUCACCCUUUGCAAUCCAACAAUGAUUUUGCGUCCGUUUGACUGGGGGCAUCCUUCUUAUAAUGCUACCUUCACACAACAACACUGUUUAUCACUACUCUGAACACUGGUUUUGUUUCAACCACUGUCGGCUCUUGACCCAAUUUCCUCGACGCAAAUUUGGAUUUGGUCUAACUAGAAAUUGAUGACUGACAAUGACAUCCUUCUUAUAAUGCCACCUUUUCUGAAAAACACAACAACACUAAAUAAUUUAUUCAAUGGUUUAAAGACAAAUAGAAUACCGAUACAACAAAGUAUUUUUGGGAUGAACAAAAAAUGAGACUACUGGUUUGUAGGUUUGUUGAAAACCAACCAUGAGUCGGUUGGUUUUGACCACAAAUCGGAACCCCGUCAAUCCCAACAAAGAGCCCCCCUUCGGGUGUCUAAAAAUCGCCCCCCCUCAAUAUCUUCUUCCCCCCCCCCCUCGUCAUAUUAAAUGAACUUUCCCUAAUCCGUAAGAGUGAUCAGCAUCAAAUUUGGUUUGUAAAACAGACUGGUCAUGAGAAUUACGGACAUGAUCAUACAAGAUGAAUUUGCUUGAUAUUUUAUCAACUUCUCCCCACUACUUCUGUAAGAAAUGACUAGGGGCAACAAAUGAGAAUUCAAAUUUUGGUCUGGGUUUAAAGGGUAAAUAGUUCAUGCUGAAGUUAACUGUAAGUCAUACGGUGGCUCAAAGUUCAUCAUAAUCUAACUUGUACGUCAUUACUGACUCACCUCUUGUUUUACAGUCUCGUGACAGUUCCAAUGCUGUAUCAUGUAUGGUUUCAAUUACAUAUGAUCGGGGGCAUUUUUGCUGUUUUCGAAUUUUGAAGGCUUUAAUAUAUUCAGAGGUACCGUUAACUUCCGAGUUAAAACCCUGGGGUUAUACAACUUCGUAAGGGGUUUUAAGAGGGCUUGUGAAAGGGGGUAUUAAAACUGGGUGUAUUCCUUUGGUUUACGGGUAGAUGGGCCCAUAAAUGGGGGGGCAGGGGGGCUUAUAACUUGGCGGGGUUUAUAAUGGGAAGUUUACGGUAUGGGCCUACAAACAGAGGUGCUGAUUAUUGGAAUUUUAUGGCCGGUCAGCCGGGGUUCUACCUCGGUAAAUCAUUGGAAUCAAGGAUGUCCCCUUGAAAUUGUUUCCUGCUACGGAUCCGUCUGAUUUAAAAUUGUCACUGUUUCGUGACUGACAUGUUUUACAAUUCCAAUGAUCCUUGUCAAAUAUAUCAAGUAAUAGUCACAUGAAAACGUAAAGCGUUCGCAAAUUUCUGACAAAGUACCCAAAGAUGAAAAGACGAAUAACUCCCGCCAUUGUAGAACUCGAGAAAGGUUCACUCGUUUUGGGUAGACCAUAAGAAUAUCUCAACACUUGUUUGAAAUAAUGGAGACUGAUUCAGUUGCCUGUUGUUCAGUCUAGCACUUAUUAAUAAACACGAUAAAAUCAGGAAAUUAGAAACGUAGUCACUGUAGAGAAGCCCUACGUAAAAGGAAAGACAUUGGAUACUACUUGACUACAAUAGUCCGCGGAACGGAAAAAGUGACUGACUGUGGGUUACGAGGUGACCUAUUCGUGGGUACGUCAAGCCGACCAGCGGAAUCCUUCAAAGAUUCAAUAAGGAAGCAAAGGCGUUGACGGCAAACCAGCCCAGGGCUGUCACUGAAACGAUCUAGAAAUAUGAGGCGUGAUAAAUGUAUCAGGAUUUGUGUGAAGAAUAAAACUGAAUUAUUCUUCAUACAGAGAGAAAACAACGGGAAUUCGAAAUCUGAUAAACCUUUACUAACCCCAGUUACAGCGGACAACCUUUUUGUGUCUAAAUUCGCAUACAUCCUGUUUACCUUGAUUCACGCGACUGAUUAAUUUCUGUCAUUUUGCUUUAGCCCUUUCAUGUUUACUCUCCAAAAGCUGAUAUAGAUUGAACUUCUUUUUUCAGACAGGGCUAGGGUUGAAGUUAGCCGGUGUGACCGUUCAAGUGAAACUUCUUUAGUAGGUUCUUUCAGAGGCCUUUCACAUGGCACCGUGUUUUUUUCAUCUUUAGCCUUGGCCUUGGUUCAAUAACAGAGCUUGUUUGUACGAUACAUCAAAGCAGAACGUUUAAACAAUAAUUAAACCUUUGACCAAUUACUUACAAUAUACACGUUAAAGCAUAUUAACCGCUAAUUCCGGCUGCUUCCUUGAAAUUGUAUAACAAUAAUCCGAGAGUUUGUUUUUAUCUCAGUUUCUAAGGUAAGGGUUUUAUUUCCGUAUUUUCCAUGCUGACAAGAUUGUGUGAACUACUCAGGCAUAUUCUUAAGCUUUUUCAGACCUUAUUCAGGCUUUAAAUGGAAAACUCAGUUUACAUAGUUUGACGACAGUGCAUCAAUAGAAUUUUAAAAUACUAGUAGGUAUCGGAAAAAAGCUGUUAAAGGCAGUUGAAAAAUAGCAGUUGCCUGGCAGAGGGUUGCAACUGAGAUAAAUUUUUUGUGUCUUUCAGCAAUGUCAGUGAAUUAUAAUACUGAUGAAUUACUUUAAAAUAGAUAAAUGCUAACAAGACACCUUUUAAACAGAUGUUUAAGACUUGACACGCAUACUGUUAAGCACGAAAACGGUCAGAAUCCUCUUAUUUUCAAGUGACUAACAUUACUGAAAUUAAAAGAGUGUGGCCCCUCUUGCAAGAGCAAGUUGAAUUAGAAUUUGGACGCCAUCCAUUGUAUGUGGGAGAAAGUUUCCGGUAAACAAGACCAAGCAAGGGCUUUUGCGGUCUACGAAAGUUAAUUCACUGUUUAUUAGAGCUUAUCUGAGUAUAUUGCUAUUCCUUAAUAACAACGCCUGUACUUUAUAAACUCAGAGCCCUAAGGCUAGUAUUUCCUCGUACGGUUUGUUCAGUCAGCAGUAGCGGGACACAUGAAUCAUAUUUGUAAACAUGAUUAGGCCGAGCAUUCCUAUCCAAAAAACGCAAGCGUAAGAAGUUCCAGGUGCAACUCGCUGUCUUACCUGUUCAUUCCACAAGGAACUUAUUAUACGUGGCAAAAUAUGGGAUAUAAAUGACAAAAUCCCCCAGUAUAAUGGUACGAACUCACAUAACAGUCAGAAAUAAAACUCCUACACAAUAGAUACAAGAUUUUUCAGGUAUGUUGUCUGUACACGGUAAAGCUGGGACUCAAAAACUGGGGAUUGUACUUAUCUAUCCGCGUCCAUUUUAUUUAUCAGUUUGUCAUAUUCUAAAUACCGUGACCAACAAUUUUUUUAUCUAUUCUCAUUCUGUAGUGAUAGUUCUAAAAAGUUUUUGAUUUUCUUAGAUAGUUCUGAAAGUUUUUGAAAAGCCUCUCCGGACCCAGACUCUGUUCGGACCGCCGGGGACCCUGUAUCUUACUAGCCUGUCAGUGCAACAGCCUGAGAUAUCUGUCCUUUACUAAACAGAAUUGUGACAACUGCCACAGUUAACCAAAAGUGACUAACAUCAAUUUUCUUCUAAUAACAUCAAGAGAAAAGGCUUUGAGAAUUAAUAACAUAAUCACCAGAGGGAAAAUGCUUUGACAUUUAAGUGUAUCUCAAUGGAGAAUCUGGAGAUUCAUGUCGAUAUUUAUAAGGUUCGGACUGUUGUGUGUGUCAUUAGCCAAUAUCUUUUUUAUCUAGACUUUCUCAAAGCCCCGGUUUCCUUUGGCGCUAACGCAGUUGACUUGUGCCAAGUCUAUAUUUUAUCCUGCGUUUAGGUAAAUGCUACAGUUCCCAGUGCCAGCCCUAGGUUGACAGGCGUUUUUUAGUCCUUUUUUGAGAGAGAAUGGGCAGAAUGAGAUUGACCGAUGGUUCGUAACAACAAAAAAUUGUUUGCAAUCACUUUUUCGAUGCGAAUAUUUCACUUUUGUAUUAGUAAGUUUCAUUUCCUUUUGUGAUUUCCUACAAAAGCUCGGCGUUGAUCCAGGGGACAAUAGGUUGUUUUAUUAAUUGUUGUCUGCCGCUGGAGCAGCAAACUAGAUUACCACAUCCCGACCAUGUCUUAGUUUGUCAGUUGGAGCCAAGUUAAUUUCAUUUAUUGACUGAGUAUCUGAAUCCAAAAACUGCUGCAUGCUAUUAUCAAAACAGAAACUUUUUUGUUACAAGAACUCAGAAAAUGUUGCAUUUUCACGCAAAGUGUCGCAACUUAAAACCGAGCAGGGCAGCCUUUUUCAAUUUAGGACUGUUGUAGCAGUUGUUUGCUGAUUUCACUGGUGUUCAUUCAUUUCCCUUUUUACGUAAAGAAACUUAAUACUGACCAAUCCCUCAAUAGCAUGCUUCAUUAAGUUUCAUUCUAGAUCUUACACUCUACUUUAGACCCUUCAUACAAAAUUUUUGACUGCUAUCAGCUGCUGUUUUUUUUUCCUUUGGCUAUCUUAAAUUUGCUUAAUUAUGCACACAAUACAGAUCUACCCACGCGGUCAUUAUUGUUGUUUAAUCUUGCAUAAGGAACAGUUCCGAAAGCAAAAAUAUCUUUAGAUGCGUAUUUACAUUGGCAGAUAGUUUUUCCGCGCUCUUUUACUCAAUUACUUUACUGCGUGAGUAGCCCUGGUGAGCGCCUAAACAUCUCACCAACUCACCACGUUAUUUUUCUAUUUCCGGUUCCGGCGGCAAAAAAAGUUGAUGAUUGGCUUGAGCGAUUGGCUUGUCAAUUUCACACGUCUGUGAUCAAGUGUUGGGUGAUCGAAUAACAGAGAUUUCAAAAUAUGUAGCAGGGAGCGUUGUACGUGCACUUCAGAAAUCGUUCCAUGAGAACACAGACGUCUCGCGUUGCCUUAUUUUGGUUUCAAUCAGUGUAAGCCGAAGGAGACUUAACAUGGUAAAGGCUGAGACAAAAUUUGCGGGGGAAAAACCGCCUAGCUGUGAAUCGACGCAAGGCAACUUUCAAGUCAAAAUGGUGGACGAUGAAAGGAAGGUGCCUGAAAUUUCAGAGGAAGUUGUGGUGAAAUCUCAAGAUGAACGACAAAGAAGGACUCCUCGGACCGGCGUCUAUAUUUUUCUGUUGGUUGUGGUGUUACUAGUGGGAUUUGUAGUCGUCUACGUAAUCCAAAAAACGAACAGGUGAGCGGGGUUGUGUUGCGAUAUUACUUUAAUUGUAGCAAAUAGUUUUCUUGUAGAUCAUGCUGUUUACUAAGUGCAGUAUUUCACCACAGCGAGGUCAUUGUUGUUGCGCACUAUUUUAAUGUCUAUACGGCUGGUAUUCCUCUAGUUUGAGCAAAAUCAAAACACUCAAUCUGUCCCCUGGAUUGAGCAAGCUGUGGGAAACAAAAAGACGCAGGGCUUGAUUUCGUUUGUUCGUUCACCAGUUUUUGUAUGUCAACCUUGACGGCGGUCAUUACACAUAAAGGACACCGCUUAUCAUUCCAAGCUCAUAAUUGCACGGUAAAGCCCAUCUUUUAUUUUCCGGUUUCAAUUGGCAAAUGUUGUAUAGAUAAAAAAGUAAAUUUAAUAUGUCGGCUUUUGAUGCUCUUCGGAAUGGCGUCCUCACCACUUCAUGACACUCGACCAAUAAAUGUUCCUUUGAUGUCCGUACUAAUUACUCUUAUUGAAUGAAUGCAAAAUUGUUAUAGUCUAGUUAAAUUUGCAAAUUACAAAAGAGCUGUUGUUAUUUAAAUGAUCAUUGUAAAUGCCUUUGGUUUGAAAACGACCACUGGGCAACUAUAUAAUCUAUGAAGGAUUCCCGUUUUUGCACCAUCUUUCCUUACAAAACUAGGUUUGCGUGGUCGAGUAAUGAAGUCAAUGUACUUGUAGUAACCCAGAUCAGCAUUUUUUAUCGUGUUAGACCUUUUCUUGAUGUUCACUUCCAUCGUUAACAGGGAACGGGCUUCGUAAUGAACUCAUUAGCUGUUUUGCGGUCUUGAAUGUGAAAGGCUUCGUAAUUUUCAAAGAAACUCGUUUGUUGUCAUAAUUGACUUUCAAGCUUAUGCCACUAAACUACUCGAAUUAGAGUUGGUGAUUUACGCGUGCACAAAAUGGGCUUCGGCCUUGUGAAAGGGCUUAUUUUUAAGUGGAUUUCGAUCUGCGGAUAUUGGUUUAAAAUUCCUAAUUAGGUAAUUCAGAUGGCCUUAAUUCACCACAGAUCUCAAUCAGAUACAUAGGUUCUGUCCUCCGUACGUACUGAUGAAAAAUGGGGGUUUAAUUCACCUCAUCCCAAAAGUGAAAAUGAAGAUUUUUGAUUCAUUAUAUCUCACAAUCAACUUGUAGCACUUGUCACAUUUUUUGAACCUAACUGACAGCUGACCAUUAUCAGGUGCACUCAAGAAACCAUUUAUUUUUCUGUCUGCUGACCAAAACAAAUAACCCUAUGGGAAAUGCUUCUCAUACCUACAGUACAUUUAUUUGAGUUUUCAAUUAAGCUUUAAAAAGAUAAAAACUUUAACUUAGUCAUUUAAGCAAUUUGUCGUUGUGGAUUAAGUUUCUUGUUUUUGGAUAGUGACUGGGUUUUGAUUUGAUCAAAAUCAUUGAACCUAUGUCAUCUCUGACAUCCUUUGCAGAGGUUUUGCAUCAUGUCUAGAAAAAUUAUUACUACUGAGAUUGAUCCAAAGAUUUCUAUUAUCUAGAAAAUGAUCAGUGGCUUGAUCUAUGCUUUAGUGUUGUGGAUAAGAUUAAGAUCUCCAAAAUUUACCUUGCGUCUGUUUUGAAUAAACACAGGAAAGUGAAAUAACAGAGAUCAGAAGGUAAAACGAAAUGAAUCUUAACCAAACUCAAGGGGAGUAAUGCUUGUUUCCUCAUCCUGUAAUAAGGACCAGUCGUCAGCCUUGGAAUGUCAUUAUGGCUGGGUUGAAAGGCUGUUUAUAUGACAACAGUCUGGUGUUCAUGGUCCUUUCUUUUCUAAAUGCAGACCAGACUAAAAUAACAAAAAUACAUUUUUCAAAAUGUCUGGAGAAAUAAACAAAAAUGAAAGAAUUGAAUGCUGUAGAACACUUUAUUCAAAUAGUCAGACCAUAAUGGGGAGAUUUCAUCCACAAAUUCAAAAAGAGGACACCACAUGUGCAUAUGGACUGACCUUUAACAGAUCUCUUUGGGCAAAUGGAGCUUGUCUUUAUCUGAACAGCACUCCAUAUUUUAUAUACUUAGGUUAUUGCACCCCAUCCCCAAGUUUCCCAGAAGCCAUUACCUGCUUGGGUUGGAGAAAUUUGUUUUGCUUUUUUAUAAAAUCAUUCAAUUGAAAUUUCUAUUAAGGGAGAUGGUGUCUGUCUUUGCAUUGCUUCCUUGUGCUGGCAGUUGAAAAUUGAAUUGAAAUUAUUAUUGAAAGGGUUGUAGAAGUAAUCUUUUUGUUGUGCCGCAAGCUUUUACAUCCAUCCAACCAACUUCAAACAUUUCGGUGAAUAGCUGAACUCUUUACUGACAUGACAUGACUAUCAUCUCUAUCAUUAGCUCUUGUUUUGUAAAUAAGCUCAAAUGUGACUGACUUUUACUUAUAAGAGUGUUAACUGUAAUACCGUUUUUCCUUUCAGGGACAAAAGCCGAAAGAAGUCAUGCAAUCUUUGCGAUGAUUACAUUGUGGUUACAGACCUUCCAAAUUUGUCUAAUGGUACGUCAAAUGCCUGGCACAAUAACGUAUCAUGGGAGGCCCAGGAAGAGUUUUACACACUGUCAGAAGCAAUUAGCCAACAGGACAUCAUUGGCCUGAGGCCAAUCUUUAGAAAGGAUCUUCCAAAGGACUAUAUUGCUUACUGGGAGGCUAAAGUUAAUGGAAAAAAUGGUGAAAAAUAUGUCAUCAUUUCAGCCGGUAUGUAACUUGUACUUGUUAAGUGUCAGUGCCCGUUGCUUUGCUUAAAGUGAUGUACCAUAACUUUGCUAUGAUUUGCAGCGUUCCAGUUAAUUCUUUCAAGCGGGGAAUCAUGUAGACCAUCUAAGGGGCCACCAAGACCACCUGCUAAUUUUUUUCAUUCUAUUUAAUUUAAUACUUAUGUGUCAUCGUCAGGUCAGGAAGCCUUCUUUGUCAGGCUAUUGAUCCCAGACCCAUCUCUUAUCCGGAACACUGGUCAUCUGAUGAACAAAUGUGUUGGAGUGACGUAUUUCCCAUGCUCUCUUAAAGUUUAUUCCUCAGUAGUUUCCACUGUCUUGUGCCCCUACAGUAGCUUGAAAGAAGCCAAACGUAUGAUGUUACCCAUCACUCUGAGUUAUUCAAAUUAUUUUUUUUAUGCUUUUUUGGUUUGAUUUUUGUUAUCAACUUGAAAUUAGCAGUCUCUCCGAAAUUGCUCUAUGUAUGAUUUUGUUUUUUUAAAAUCAUUUUUUUCUGGGUGAAUUAGUCUUUACAUUUACAUUUACAUUAAUCCUAUUGUAGCGAGGCAAACAGGUGAUCAUCGCCUUGCUGAAAAAGGACCUUUACCAAGCCCAUCUGAUGUGCUAACUGCUCAAGCACGGCGAAUUGGCUAUGGCUGUCACAGAGUCUAUCGUCUUAGACCUGAUGGUCUUAUGGCAUGUGAGGACACCAGAGAAAACAAAAUUGUAGCAGCAACAAGAGACAUUGACAGUGAUUCUUGGGUAAGAACUACCACUUUAUUAAUCAUACUUGCAUUUCCUUGGACCUGCAAAACGUAACUCACAGUUUGGAAGGAUUCGAAGCUGAUAGUGCGAUUUAAUGUUGGGGCAAGUGGAACAUAAUGACUCCUUUUCUUUAGGGGAAGAGGUUCAGUGUUAUUCUACGUGAGAAAUCUUGUCCUUGCCUUUUUUAUUAUUUCACAAAUUAUGUCAUACCCAUUCAAAAGAAACUGUUGUGAGCCUUAAUUGAUGCAUAAAUUACCCCAGUAUAGUAAGCCAAAUUGUGAUAAUCCGUAAUGUGGCAGUCCAGCUGAUAAUAGUGAUAAUAAUCUUUGUUUACCUUGGGUAGUAUUUUUAGCACUGAUAUUUUAGUGGGGCCGAGCAAAUGCCUGAAACAAACAAUUUAAAUUAAACUUAACAGGGUUAAGAAUCCCAACUGGCCUGAGGCAAACCAUGAGCUGGCAAUUUACAAGCAAGGCCUAGGAUUUGAACUCGAGACUACCGUGAGCAAAUCCCGGGGGGGGGGGGUACUCGCAGAAAAAUUGGGUAGGGGUUGCCCGCUUCCCAAAACCCUUACCCUAUUUAUGACCAAAAUCUGCGAUUUUCCCUACCCUAUUUAUGACCUAACCAAAAAUUUGAUACCUAAUUUAUGACCUAACCCUUAAAUCAAUACCCUGUUUCAGACCUGCCUUAUAAUUAUUUCCCUAGUUCAGACCAAUGUUAAAGGCAAUGUUUAUCUGCUUUUAUUAGGUUAGGGGGACACGAUAAGGAAGUAGCUUCUUCUAAAAAAGUGCAAUCAAGACUACAGUGCAAAAAUCGUUACCCUAUUUAUGACCAAAAUGGCGGCAAAAUAGCCAAAAUCGAUACCCAAUUUAUGACCAAAACGGCGGAAAAACCCUACCCUUUGGGGCCGCACAUACCUAUAUAGCCCAUAUUAGGGAGUACCCCCCCCGGGGAGCAAAUCCAGCUUGCGGUCAGUGCAAGGGCUUGAACUCGGGCCCUCCUCCAGCGCUCUAACCACUCGGCCACGCUGCCUCCUUAAACCUCCUAAAACCUUAGCAGUAGGUUUCUAGCUUUUCAGUCCACCUAUCAGCGGGAAGACCAAAUAUUGUAACCAUUCAAGCCAAAUACUCAGACGACCCUUUUCCCUGGCACUGCUCUGUCUUCAUGCAUUUCCCUGAACGGGAUUUUUUAGCUAUUUUGUUUUCUUUUUCCGUUGCUUUCAAAUUGAAUUAAGAAAUAAAUAGGAUUACUACUCAUAAAUUUUUAAGGUAAACAUUUUAAUCACUAUUAUCCUAUACGCAUUACUCACGGCUAAUAACAGAUUAAAAAGGCGGUGUGGCAAUUCCCAAAUACCGAAGUUUGACACGGAGACCUUGAAAUAACAGAUCCCUUACUGAAUUUGUAAUGAUUAGAAGUUUGCGGAUCUCCUUUAUGUCUUCAAAGAGAGGAUAUUCGUAUUUCUUCUUUAAACUAAAAUUCUGGCGAAUGCAACUAACGAGAAAUUCAGCGCUUUCGUUAUGACCUCUUAAAGGAUUACACUUUAUUUAGGAAAUCACCUCUAGACCACACAUAAAUGUGGUUCCUUUCUUUAACCUGAUGGCUUGUUUUUGCUGCCCACGCGGGUGAAAAUACUCAUAUCAGUUUAUACACCUAUUUUACUAGAGAACGAACCCGGUUAAUAUGGGCACCAUGGGGACAUGCCAUAGUGUCCGUAUUAUCCGGGUGCCUGUAUUUAGCGGGCUCUCGGAAAAAGAAAAAAAACGUCUCGGACACAUUUUUUAUCGAUAAAAAGAUACCAAGGAGCAAUGACUGAAAGGAAAAAGCUAAGGAAAAGAAAUUUGUGUAAACCACCAAAGUAUAAGGGGUCAAACACCGAAGGAUAAACGGACUGAUCAAAAUCCCCAAAAAUGAAACACCUCACGCUAUUUCGCUGCUGUUUUUCAGUAAUAAAAUCGCAUUAACUCGUAGAAAUCUCAUUAUUUGAACAGGAUGCGAUGUUUAUAAUUAGCACACAGUGAAAAUAGUCAGUGCGCAGAUACUCAGGUGUCCGUAAAGUGGGUAGACGAUAUAUGAGUGUUUGUGAUUGGGGACACAGAAAAUUGUCCGUUGUCCAUAUUAAGAGGGUUUAUAAUUUUACAGAAAAGAAAGGAGUUUUUGGUCGGGACAAACAAAACUGUCCGUUAUAUACGGGUGACCGUAUUAGGCGGGUGUCUGUAGAGCGGGGUUGCACUGUACGUUCCUGUUAAGUUUCUCCGUCAUUAAAUCGCAAAGGGAGACGUUUGUGUCCUUCUAUAACAUUCUCUAUUUAUUGCACUGACAACAACGAAAUUGUGACUAAAUUCUAAAGAAUGUACAGCUACCAACAUGACAUAGCGGUCCUGUCGCGUAGGCUUUAAUAAGGAGUUAAAUUCCGACAAUAUAUAAUUGAAAUAGCUAUAUAUUUAGCCCAUUUGGUCAAGAAGUUUUCAACUGAGCAUCGAUUAGACUACGAGUAGUCCCCCAUUUUCCCUCAGGGAUAGUAGAGCGUGCGAAACGCGAGCGCGCGUAAAAAUCACCCCAGGCGAGAAAAGGCGACACUCCCCACCGCGUGUCGCCUUUUCUCGCGUGGGGUGAUUUUUACGCGCGCUCGCGUUUCGCACGCUCUACUAUCCCUGAGGAAAAAUGAGGGACUACUCGUAGUCUAAGCAUCGAUUUUCGAUCUCGCGCCGCCUUCUUGACCAAUCAAAGUUAGUGAGUUAGACCACAAUUAGUCCGUCAUUUUAUUUUACUCGGGAAUACAGAGCUGCAAAUAAGUCGGUCAUCGACAGUGUCCAACUAAAAUUUUCCCGUGUCCUAUGAAUUCCUAACAACUGUUGGACAUGGUGACCGGACCGUUCAUAUACCAGACUGUCAUUUUGCAGAUGAAGAAAAUAUACCUUGAGCGCAUGUGAAUUGUCGUAGCCACCCAAAGAACAUCUUUUCAGUUUACAUAUGGCUGCAACCCAGUUGGCUGCAACCAGUGUAGUCGACGAAUCCCGCGCCUGCCAUGACGGUCUUUGUUUAACCCUUUAAGUCCCAAUAGUGACCAACAUCAAUUGUCUCGUAACAAUAUCCAUAGAUUGUCAAGAGAUUAGGUUAUGAGAAUUAAUUAAAUGAUCACCAAAGAGAAAAUGCUUUGAUCUUUUAUCAAACUCUCUCAACUUAUUCUUUAAAGAAAUGUAUACAGAUCAGUUUGGAGAAUUUGCUUGUGGAUAUUGGGGCUUAAAGGGUUAAGGCUAUAUUCAUACUAUACUGGAUACUAAGAUUUUCUUGGCGCCUCGAAAACUUAACGGUAUAGUUAACUACGGUAUAGUGUGAACACCUAUCCGAUAUGUGACUCUCCACUUUCGAGAUCAGCGCGGCGCGGCGCAGCUUCGCUCCGUCACAGAAAUCGCGCCGCUUCAGCCGUUCCUUUGUGUGAACAGAAGCCCUAUCCGAUAUGAUUUUCGUGGCGGCGCAAAAGCUAUUCAUUAUAGUGUGUACACAGCCUAAGGCGCGUAAUGUGUUCGUGAUUGAGUCCGACCGCAUUUUUGUUUUGACCGACCAAAGUGAUGACCUCUUAAGUCUAUUAGUGAAUUCGACCAGAAGUAGUUUUUACAGAAAAAGUAGGUAUGAACCACGGACAUCUUAUCACGGGCUUUUCACAUUGUCCAGAGGUACCGAAGUGAACUCUUUCACUAUCUAGAGAUCUCACCAUCAAAGAUUCUAGAAAGAGUACAAAAAAAUGGUAUCAUACCUAACUACUGCUGACGAGAUUUCCUUUAAAUUGCGGUCAUUCCAUAAUAUUUUAUCCAUCCACAGACUCCAAUAGAACUACGUUUCCUUUUUUUUCAUAAUUGAGUCUAGUUGUGAGAGUGGAUGUGUUUUUUUGCAGGAUAUCGAUUGGAAGAAUUUAGAUAAGCAAGUCAACCGUGCUUUACCGAACUUAAAACGACAAUGGGACAAGCUAGCAGAGCGAGUUCGGAAAGACCCUGAAUGGCGGAGGUUCCAGUGGCUGUCCGUGAAAGCUAGUAAGAAACCUGCUGUCGUUACUAUUUUACGAUCCCUUUUUGGAUGGUUAUUGUAAAUGUUUGUUAAAAACACGACGUUUUGGCAAAGUUCACUUCUAACGGAAACAUUAAAGUUUGGGUUGUUGAACAAUUGGCUAGUACUCUUUUAACAGCUGCAAAAAUUUUAUUUCAGGUCAAGUAUCGACGACAGCCACCACGCCAUCAAGAGCCUCGUCAACGCAAACACCAACCAGCUUAGAGACUGAAUUUAACUUUCAAGUGCAGGAAACCGAGGAUGGUUUCAAGGCCGAACUUGGCCUUCGCCCUGGUGAUUCGGUUCGCAUACCACUUGGUCAAGGUUUACGUGAAGUUCGUAUCAAAUUCGUCGGAUUACGAGACGGCGACGAAAAGAAAAUGAAGGGAUGGAAGAAACGUUGGCAGAAGCGUCUUUGUCGGGUUCUCUGCGAUGUCUGUCAAGGAGAUGGCAAUUUGGACAUGACCAAAAUCAGCGACCGUUUCUUCAAACUUACAAAGACGGGAGACCGCUUCAUUAAAGUUAAAGUAGAUGCAGAUGAGACGUUUGUUCGUAAAUAUCUUGAAGGUCAUGAAAUACGCUUUAAAGUAGAAUUGCGAACCCGCGGGUCUCGCGUCAUGGUUAUCAAUUACGGGAUAAUUCUCAGAAGUAGCAGGUAUCGACGUUCUUUUUCUGAUGAGUAUUUUGCUAUACCUCGUGAAGAGUUGCUCCCCAAGUACCGACAGCAUAAACAUGGCCAAUGCAUGACGGGUACAGGUCCCGUGGCCUGGGCGAAGAUACUUGGUUACCUUGACAAUGUGGCGAGGACCCACAAUUCGAGUUACCAGUAAGUGUCUUUGUUUCACACCAAAGUGGCAUUUUUUUUCUUUUAUACGAGAAGCAAUUCCAAAUUCUGUCAUUCUGAAGUCAAUUGUUCUUGAAAUGGUUAUGAUAUCCAAGAACGCCCUCAAUAAGGUGUUCCAAGCAUGAUUACGCUAAUGCAAGUUAUCUUCAACUUUAGAUUUUUAUAUUUCAUAGUAGGCUCAAUUAACAGCGGCCCUCGCGGGUGGAAUUUGAUUUCAGCGAAGACUUUCAUUAAAUACUCUUUUCCUUAAAAAAAAUACAUUUUUCCUUCGGAUUUCCAUAUCACAAAUAACGUGAGCUCCUCGUCCAGAGCACCAGCCUUUAGUCAGCCCACUUUGAAGGGUCAGUUUGCUUAUUAUUCAUUUGAAAUUUCUGACAAACCCUGAAACAAUAAAUGUACGAAUACUCAAAACAUAUUGGUCGAUGAAUGUUAUUUACUUUUUGAAGAGUAGCUUAAAAACACCAUCUGUUUAUAUCCUGAAACCGUGCCGAGUAAUAGAACGAAGUUUAGAGAACAGUCGUCGAGGAACUAAGCUUGUUUAAUAGGAACUUUGAAAUAUUUCGAAUGAAUCGUAAAACAAUUAUUUCAUUUGGCUUGCGUGUGAUGUGAAGAAUUAUGCAGAUCUCGGAGACUGUUUUCCAUCUCGGCCGUAGUGGAUAUCAGUGUCCUCGAUCUGCACAAUUCUUUAUAUCAUACCCACAAUCUUGGACAAAAAGUGUUAAGAAUUUUGCACUUUUAUACGCACAGAACGUCUAUCCCGUGGAUUGGUAUCCCUGUGGCCCCUCCCCUAGCGCCACGCGGGUCAAUAUUGUUUAGACGGGGUCAGUUGAUCCAGCCGGACUUAAACAUUGUUUUUUUGCGUUUGGUGCAGACGGGGGGUGGGGGGGAGUAUUUGUAGUUGCCAGUGCUUUCAAGAGCUUUAUCUUGAAACUAGACAUACCAACGUCUGUUUUUCUUAACUUUUUUGUCUAUGAAAUAUUCUUUUUGUUGCGGUAACUGUUGGCUGUAACAAAACAGAAUCUUACGUACUCAUUUUUUUUUCCUGUUACAGAGCCAUAACUCGUCUGACAGGUUUGCCGUCACCCUUACCACUAACUAUGGACUCUUCAGUGGAGAACAUGAUACAGCGAGUCUUCCUCAGUCUUGGAUCCCAUUGCUCCCCACACGGUAGAGGAGUAACCUCUCCUGCUCAUGUGGCGCAAAUGAAGAAAGCCUUUCGGAACGCCCUGGGGCGAGAGCUUAAGGUGGUUCAUCGGGGUAACCACGAGAAAGAGAGUGGUCCUUGGACAGAGUUUAUAAGAAACCUGCUGAAAAAAGGUUUCCCUGUCAUUGUCAGUAAAGAGACUAAGAAUCUUAGUGAACACCAUUAUGUGGUAGUGACAAGAAUCAAACAGACCGCCAAAUACUACAGCUUUUGUAACGACAGAACCGAUCUGUGUUCACCAUGGACUUUACGGGAGGAAUCCCUUCUGUUUGUUCACGAGGAGGACAAGCCUGGGAAAUGGGAAAGCGCUGAUGUACAUUUUGUGGCUGCCAUUAUCGACAAAUAAAACAGUCGAAAGGGCUGAGUUAUCAGUUCUAACGCUGAGAACGGCUUCAAUAUUAGCCACAGCCACACAUGAGUACAGAGGUCGCAUUGAACUCUUGUGUGUCGCUCUUAGUUAUAUACCCGAAAUGUCUGACGAAGAACUUACACGCAAUGACAACUCGUCAUAGCAAAACGCAAAACAAGUGGGAACUAGUUCUUUCCUGUUUUGACUGUUAAACAAUAACUUCAAUUUUUAUACCUGUAGUCAAAGCUUGUUUCUUGUCCUGGUUAAUUUUUUUCCCUUCAUAUUUGCCAUUUGCACAUCUCCCAUAAUACACCUUGUUUACCCCCCAAAAUUUUGCAUCAGCAUUGUCUUCAGUUGCUCUUGGGACGACUGUAAUACCCAAGAGAAGUGUAUUAUGGGAGAUUUGCCAGUGGCGAAUGGUGCAUUCUUCAGCUGAAGCCAAAAGAGAGAAUCACCUAGUAUUACAGCUACUGUAUAUAAUGUAAAAAGUGUACCGGUUAGUUUUGUUUGUAGGUAAAAAGUCGUAAUAUAUUGAUAAGUUAUUUGCCAGAUGUCCCCGAGGUCUUCUUGAAAACUCUGAGGUAGUGGUGGCCUUUGACACAAGUGCUGAAUAUUAUUUUUUCUGGUAUCUUUCUUCCGUGGUUUUAAGUAUUAAUAAAUCUUCAAUAAACGACUUUUUCAGGCAACUUUUAUCGUAAAGAAUCUAUUAUUGCGAAUUUUUAUCAUCGCCGUAUGAACGCCAAUGUCAGAAAUAUUUUUUUUAUAAAUGUCUGUAAAGUUUACUUUGUGAACAUUGAACUGUAGACCACUUGGUCCUAACUUUCUUAACACUAACUUCAUAAAGAGGUUACGAAUGCCAAUAAAGUAAGA